UCAGAAUUUCUCGUGCAUAUUAUAUUUAUUUAUUUCUCUUUCACUUAUUGUGAUAAUUUUUAUUUUUCUCCCCAGUAUGGUGGCCAAAAAUACGAGGAUGUUCAAUUUACAUCUGUGAAUUGUACUGUCCUCUCUGAUAUUGAAUGCUAUGGGCCGAAGAUCUUUCUUAGGGAUGGAUUUCCUUGUCUGAAAUAUUCCGGGCACUAUUUCCUUACGACCUUGUUAUACUCAGUUCUUUUGGGCUUUCUUGGAAUGGAUAGAUUUUGUUUAGGGCAUACAGGAACAGCUGUAGGAAAACUCCUUACUCUGGGAGGAGUUGGUAUUUGGUGGAUUGUCGAUGUGGUUCUUCUUGUUACAGGGAACUUGACUCCUGAGGAUGGAAGCAACUGGGUACCAUAUGCUUAAUAUUUUCAAUUGGUAUAAUUUUUAAAAAUGGAGAUGUAUAUGUAUAUCAAAUAAUUUUGUAAAUAUGUAUGUAAUAAAGUAUUUAUUUUAUA